AUGAGAAUUUCACUCCUUUCAUGGCUUUUCUUCAUACCCAUUUGCUCAUUUUUCCUCAACUUUGGUAUUUUUGUGGUGUCUCAAUCUCAAACAUGUCUGAGCGAUCAGCGAGACUUGUUGAUCGGAUUAAAGAAAAGUCUCAUCUUCAACCGUACAUUGUCCACAAAACUGUUGCACUGGAAUGAAACUCAGUUUCCUGAUUGCUGUUUGUGGAAAGGUGUAAACUGCAACAAGGAGGGACGUGUUGUUGAUCUCGACCUGUUCAAUGAAUCCAUCACGGGUGGACUUGACAAUUCAAGUCCCCUUUUCAGUCUCCAUUAUCUUCAGACCCUGAAUUUGUCUUGCAACAAGAUGAACUCUUCACAAAUUCCAUCUCAGUUCGGCAAUCUAACGAAUUUGUUUUAUUUGAACCUGUCAAAUUCUGGCUUUGCGGGGCAGAUUCCUUCAGAGAUUUCGAACCUGAAAAGGUUGGUUACCCUUGAUUUGUCUACCUCUUUUUUGCUGGGUUAUUAUAUGCUGGAAAUUAAGAAACCAAAUUUAGCUACGCUAGUAAAGAAUUUUGGGGAGCUAAAGGAACUUUAUCUUGAUGGUGUAAAUAUAUCAGCACCAGGGAACGAAUGGUGUCAGGCCUUAUCUUCUUCAGUGCCAAAUCUAAGGGUGUUGAGCAUGUCUGAUUGUUAUCUUUCAGGGCCUUUUGAUUCCUCCUUACAGAAGCUUCAGUCUCUCUCAAUUAUUCGUCUCGAUUUUAAUCUCUUUAAUGCCCCCGUUCCAUAUUUUUUUGCAAAUUUCGCAAAUUUGACUUUCUUGGGUCUCAGUUCUUGUGGAUUGAAUGGAACAUUUCCAGAUAAAGUCUUCCAGAUUCUAACACUGCAGACAAUUGACUUGUCAUAUAAUGAACUACUUCAAGGUUCUUUGCCAGAGUUUCUUCCAAAUGGUUCUCUUCGGUCACUGCUGCUUAGCGGUACAAAAUUUUCAGGGGCACUGCCAGAUUCUAUCGGUAACCUUGCAAUGUUGUCAAGAAUAGAUCUUUUCAGUUGCAAUUUCAAGGGAUCAAUACCGAACUCUAUGGGAAAUCUUACUCAAUUGGUUUAUUUGGACAUGUCAGUCAACAACUUCACCGGACCAAUUCCAUCGUUCAGCAUGGCCAAGAAUUUGACAGAGAUAUACCUUUCCCAUAAUGAUCUAACAGGUAAGAUUCAUUCCCUUAUCUGGAAAGAUCUUCUGAAACUGGUCAUUCUUGACUUAGGUAACAAUUCACUUGAAGGGAAUAUUCCGGCCUCCCUGUUUUCCCUUCCAUCAUUGCAAAUAUUACGACUUUUCCACAACCAAUUUUAUGGUCGGCUUGGAUUUAAUGUUUCUUCUCACCUACUGAACACCCUUGAUUUGAGUAGCAACAACUUGGAAGGGCCAGUACCAACGUCUGUCUUUCAACUUAAAGGUCUUAAGGUUCUCUCACUUUCUUCUAACAACUUUAGUGGACCCUUUCAGCUUAAUAAAUUUCAGCAGUUGAGAAACCUUUCCAAUCUUGAUCUUUCAUACAACAGCUUGUCGAUUGAAUAUAUUGAAACUAAUUCUUCAUCAUCUUCCUUUCCCCAAAUUACUACAUUAAGAUUGGCUUCUUGCAAUUUGAAGACUUUUCCUUAUUUCUUGACAAACCAAUCCACAUUAUACUUUCUAGACCUCUCACAAAACCAGAUUCAUGGAGAGAUUCCUAACUGGAUUUGGAAAUUUUAUGAUCUCUUUUCCUUAAACCUUUCUUAUAACCACCUGACGACAACUCCGGAGGUAGCUUUAUUCAACCUUUCAUUUAUCAGUGCCCUAGACCUUCACUCCAACCAGCUUGAGGGGGAACUUCCGGAUCUUCCACCAUCUGCCACAUACUUGGAUUUUUCGAUGAAUAAUUUCAACUCUGCCAUACCAGCUAGCGUUGGUGACUCCCUUUUUUCAGCAUGUUUCUUCUCUCUUUCAUGCAAUAAAUUCCAUGGGGGUAUCCCUCAAUCAUUGUGCAACAACGCUCCAUAUCUUCAAGUUCUUGAUCUGUCUAAUAAUACCCUGGAUGGCAUGAUUCCCCAAUGUUUAAUCGAGAUGAGUGAGACUUUCAAGUUAGGGGUGCUAGAUUUAAGGAGAAACAAACUCAGUGGCACAAUAAGUGAUACAUUUUCAGGAAAUUGUGGUUUACAAACGCUAAAUCUCAACAAAAACCUACUUGAAGGAACAGUACCAAGGUCUUUAGGCAAUUGCAAAAGUUUGGAGGUCUUUGACAUUGGGAACAACUACAUCGAAGAUACCUUGCCAUGUCACUUGAGGAACAUAUCAAGGUUGCAUGUCCUUGUCUUGCGGUCUAACAAAUUUUAUGGGUCCAUUCAUUGUGAAGGAUCAAAUGCUCCAUGGCCAAUGCUUCAAAUUUUAGACCUCGCUUCAAACAAUUUUACUGGUCCAUUUCCAAGAAAAUCCCUCUCUACCUGGAAGGCAAUGACAAACAAUGAAGAUGUGGCACAAUCAGAGCUCAAACACCUAGAAUUUGAUGCCCAAGGAAUCAUUCAAUAUCGUUAUCUAGAUGUAACAACAGUUACCAUGAAAGGUCAAGAAAUGGAGUUAGGGAAGAUAUUGACUGUUUUCACCUCCUUUGACCUUUCAUGCAACUAUCUUGAUGGGCCAAUACCAGACAACAUAGGAAUACUCAGUUCCUUGUAUAUUCUUAAUUUGUCGCACAAUGCUUUCGCAGGCCAAAUCCCACCAUCUCUAGGAAAAUUAAGUCACCUUGAGUCACUAGACCUGUCAAGCAAUCAGCUUAGCGGUGAGAUCCCUGUGCAACUUGCAGAUAGUCUUACCUUCUUAUCAGUCCUAAACCUCUCGCUUAAUCAAUUGGUUGGGCCAAUUCCAUGUGUCAAGCAAUUUGGUACAUUUUUGGAAGGUUCAUAUGAAAGGAACAAAGGAUUAUGUGGGUGUGUUUUAAAGACAAAAUGUGAAUCUGCAGAGCCAAGUUUGCCACCAUCUGAAGAUAUUCACUUCAAAUCUAGGCUUUCGAUUAAUUGGAAUUACUUAAGUGCUGAACUGGGAUUUGUUUUCGGCUUUGGGAUGGUUUUUGGGCCGCUUAUCUUUUGGAAGAAGUGGAGGAUACUGUAUUACAAACAUGUUGAUGACAUUUUUUUCAGAAUCUACCUUCAGUUGUACCUUGGGGGGCAACUAUACUAUCGAAUGCUAGCACAUAGGAAUGUGGGGCGGAGGUACUAAGGAUAGGUGUGAAAAGCAAUACAGGCAGGAAUAAAUCUGUAUUUUCUUUUUUGCUUUCAUUAUAUGAGCAAAUUAAAAAAUGUAUCCACUCUGUUAGGUAUGAUGCUCGUAACUAUUUCAUAUUCUC